AUGGAGAUAGCUAGACCUUCAGGGCAUCUGUCAUCAAGGUCAGAGCGCUAUCACAAUGCCAAUGAUUGGAUAAAUCCAAACCAACAAAACCCCACAAAGCCCCAUUUUAAAUAUCAACAAAACUUAAGGCACCUUGAAAAUAUCAACAAAUCACUAAUGCAACACUUGCAUAAAGUACUAGUCACUGAAUAUGGUGACUUGGGGAAUGGGUACUUUCUGGAUCCAAAGCAGAAGAUUUCUUUUAAGUUUGAUCACUUGAGCAAAACCGUUUCUGACAUCCAGCCAUGUAUUGUGGAAAAUCCCAUAGAGAGCUGGAGGACAGCGAUUGAAAGUGCACUCACCAGCUAUGUGAAGAAGCAUUAUCCAGCUGGGAAUGUUACUGUGUAUGGGAAGACUUAUAGGGACCAAAAAAUCAUCACUGCCUGCAUUGAAUCUCAUAAUUUUCAACGGAACGAGUUCUGGAAUGGGUUCUGGAAAUCUGAAUGGAAACUUGUGCACUGCGCACCUCAAGCUGAAGUUACUGGAACAAUUAAGGUGCAGGUAAGUAAAAGCACAGCAGUGGACAAUCAACAAUACCAUUUGGGGGACACUGUGCAUUCAGUUUUCUUGGACUAAUAUUCAUGUGGAACCCCCUUCCUAACCAAUUAAUAGAAUCAGUUCACAGAUUCAAAGGAAAACUAUUGUCCUGCAGUAACAUUAUUAAUUAAAAUUGGAUUUUUAACAGGCAUGUACAUUUCACACCAGUUGCUUUUAUUGUAACCACCAACAUCUUACAAUGGUUCACACAACUGACAACUUGCAAAAUGCAAUAAAACUAGACUCUAUUGAACAUGGUAUUUUUCAAACUUUGGAGGGGCAGCUGCAGAAAGCUCAAUGCACAUAAUGAGGCAUUUAUGCAAAUACAGUUAAUCUGCCAUCCAUUCAAUCUAUAAUUUAUAUCAAAAAUUGUUCCUACUUUUAUUCUCGUUUAAUACCUUAACAAUAGUAAAAUAAUUUUUUUCUAUGAUUGGAACCAA